UCCAUCGGGAAGAGGGAGAGUUAUAUUUAGAUACAGCACCCAAUGGCGGGUUGAACUUGAUGCGAAGCUUAGGCAAGGUAGGGAGUAGAUGGGAAGUGAGAUUCAUCUCCUCCCUGCAUCGGGCUUGCAGGGCGCCCUUUUUAUGAGAAUAAUUGGCCCGGAAUUAGAAUACUGACUCAUGUUGUGAUCAUUGAGUUCGAUCCUGGAAUUCAUUCCCUUGAUUCUCUCGUCCAUGGGUCAGUUGGUGUAUCGGCAACGACGGGACAGCAGUUGGUUUCCGCUUUUCAGUACCGGUGGCAGCAUACGGGUAACCCUGUUACUAGUGGUAAAUAUCCAGUACCUCUUCUUUCUUCUGUUUGGGAAGCGGAGUAGUAAAAACAGAUUAAGUACGGAGUACCAGAGCACAGUACAUCUUAUCUGCCAAGUGCACAUUCCACAGGUAACGGUGCUCGUAUUACCCCAGAGAUGUACUACAGCACAUACCUGGGAUGAUGAGGGAUUCCCUGGAAAUAUGGUUGAAGCGGCACAUUUGACUUAUAUAGCAAUCAUGCGAAGAAUGGGUGACCGGGAUUGAUGUUUGAUCAGAAGGUAAUCCUAUCGCCAAAACUGAGUAUUUCGUUGGAAAAGUAAUCAGGCUGCAAAUUGGGCAAUGUUUUAUU